AUGGGCAAAGACGACAAGUCCAAGAAUUUCAACCUGAAGGUGCCAAAGGGCACCCGAGACUGGACUGGUGAGGAUGCUGCUCUCCGUGAUCGCCUCUUUGAGACGGUAACCACCGUUUUCAAGCGCCACGGCGCCACGACCCUUGACACGCCUGUUUUCGAACUGAAGGAAAUCCUGAGUGGCAAAUACGGAGAGGACUCGAAGCUCAUCUACGACCUACAAGACCAAGGAGGAGAGUUGUGUUCGCUGCGAUACGACCUGACGGUCCCGCUUGCGCGAUGGCUCGCAAUGAACCCCAGCGUUCAGAGCUUCAAGCGCUACCAGAUUGCAAAGGUCUACCGCCGUGACCAACCUGCCAUGACGAAAGGCCGUAUGAGGGAGUUUUACCAGUGCGAUUUCGACAUCGCUGGCGCGUACGACGCCAUGAUUCCGGACGCCGAGGUUCUCAAGAUUGUAAGCGACGUUUUCAAGGCUCUCGGCUGGGAGUCAUAUACCAUUAAGAUGAACCACCGCAAAAUCCUGGAUGGCAUGUUCAAGGCUGCCGGUGUGCAAGAAGACCUGAUACGACCGAUCAGUUCCGCUGUGGACAAGCUGGACAAGCUGCCCUGGGCGGAGGUGAAGCAAGAAAUGGAGACAAAGGGUCUUUCCCCCGAUAUUGCAGAUCAGAUUGGAGAAUGGGUCCAACGUAAGGGAGGAGACGACAUCAUUGAGUUCCUCAAGUCAGACCCUGUGCUCUCACAGAACGAAGAUGUGAAGAAGGGUAUCCAGGACAUGGAUUUGCUUUUCGCCUACCUGAACGCCUUUGAUGCCCGGACCCACGUGUCGUUCGACUUGUCGCUCGCCAGAGGUUUGGAUUACUACACUGGUUUGAUUUACGAGGUCGUCACCGAUGGUUCUGCGCCUCAGGGGAAAGGCAAACAACAAGAGAUCGGCGUCGGCAGUGUUGCGGCGGGAGGUCGCUAUGACGGCCUGGUGGGUAUGUUUAGCGGCAAGCCGAUUCCGUGCGUGGGUAUUUCCUUCGGCAUCGAUCGCAUCAUCAGCAUCAUCAAAGCUCGAGGCCAAUCCACACAACGCGCAAAAGACGUCGAUGUAUUUGUAAUGGCAUUUGGCGGCAAAGGUUUUACAGGAAUGUUGACGGAACGCAUGCAGGUUGCUCAAGAGCUAUGGGCUUCUGACGUCAAGACAGAGUUCUCAUACAAACUCAAGCCAAAGCUACCACAGCAAUUUAAGCAAGCGGAGACUGCCGGUGUACCGUUGGCGGUUAUCUUGGGAGAAGAAGAAUUGAAAGCAGGUCAGGUUAAGAUCAAGGUCAUGGGAAUCACAGACGAGAACAACCCAGAGAAGGACGGCGUGCUGGUUGACAGGACCAACAUGGUCGCUGAGAUUCGCAAACGGUUGCCCAGCACCAACGGUGUUUAG